UGCUCACAGUGUGGGAAGAGCUUCAAUUUUCAGAGCGCUCUCAAACGACACCAGAAAAUUCACACUGGCGAGAAGCCGUAUCAGUGCUCAGACUGUGGGAAGAGUUUUAGUACACAGAGUAAUCUUAAAACCCACCAGCGCAUUCACACUGGAGAGAAACCAUAUCAGUGCUCACAGUGCGGAAGGAGCUUUAAUCGACAGAAUCUCCUUAAAAGACACCAGCGCAUUCACACUGGCGAAAAACCGUAUCAGUGCUCACAGUGUGGGAAGAGUUUUAAUCGACAGAGUGUUCUCAAAAGACACCAGCGCAUUCACACUGGAGAGAAACCAUAUCAGUGCUCACAGUGUGAGAAGAGCUUUAAUCGACAGAGUCAUCUUAAAAGACAUCAGCGCAUUCACACUGGAGAGAAACCGUAUCAGUGCUCACAGUGUGGGAAGAGUUUUAAUCGACAGAAUAAUCUCAGCACUCACCUGCACAUUCACACCGGCGAGAAACCGUAUCAGUGCUCACAGUGUGGAAGGAGUUUCACUAACCAAAGUGUUCUUAAAAUCCACCAGCGCAUUCACACCGGCGAAAAACCAUAUUUCUGCUCAGUGUGUGGAAAGUGUUUUACUGACCUGAGCACGUUAAAAAGACACCAGCGCAUUCACACCGGAGAGAAACCGUAUUUCUGCUCACAAUGUGGGAAGAGUUUCACUAGACCGAGUGAUCUUAAAAUACAUCAGCGCAUUCACACCGGAGAGAAACCGUAUCAGUGCUCAGAGUGUGGGAAAGCUUUUAUACAACAAAGUGAACUGAACAAGCACCAGCGUAUUCACACCGGAGAGAAACAGUAUCAGUGCUCGCAAUGUGGGAAAAGCUUUUGGAUCCAGAGCGAUCUUAAAAUCCACCAGCGCAUUCACACCGGGGAAAAACCAUACCGCUGCCCAGACUGUGGGAAGAGCUUCAGGGUCUGGGUCAAUCUUAAAGUCCACAGGCGCAUUCACACCGGGGAGAAACCGUACUGCUGCUCACAGUGCGGGAAGAGCUUCAGGGUCCGGGGGGACCUCAAACUCCACCGGCGCAUUCACACCGGAGAGAAACCGUAUCGCUGCUCGCAGUGUGGGAAGACUUUUAGUCGAGGGAGCACACUUAUGAUCCACCAGCGCGUUCACACCGGAGAGAAACCGUACUGCUGCUCACAGUGUGGGAAGAGCUUCACUUACCAGAAUGCUCUCAAAAUCCACCAGCGCAUUCACACCGGAGAGAGACCGUAUCAGUGCUCACAGUGUGGGAAGAGUUUUAGUCGGGGAAGCACUCUGAUGAUCCACCAGCGCGUUCACACCGGAGAGAAACCCUAUCACUGUUUAGAGUGUGGGAAGAAUUUCAGUGACCUGGAUUAUCUCAUAGUCCACCAGCGCAUUCACACCGGAGAGAAACCGUACUGCUGCUCGCAUUGUGGAAAGAGCUUUAAGUGCCUGAAGUAUUUUAAGACGCACCAGCGCAUUCACACCGGAGAGAAACCCUAUCACUGCAUACAGUGUGGAAAGGCUUUUAGUACGCAGAGUUAUUUUAAGACUCACCAGCGCAUUCACACCGGAGAGAAACCACAUUGCUGCUCGAAGUGUGGACGCAGCUUCACUCAUUUAUCAUCAGUGAAGAGACACAAGUGUGAACCAGAAACGUCAGAUUGUGAGGGAAAAAGCCUCUGCUCAUAUUGUGGAAAAGGCUUUAGCUGCCAGAGUCAUCUCAGAGUGCACCAGCGCAUUCACACCGGAGAGAGACCGUACCGGUGCUCGCAGUGCGGGCGGAGUUUCAACGAGCAGAGCCAUCUCAAAAGUCACCAGCGCAUUCACACCGGAGAGAAGCCGUAUCAGUGCGCGCAGUGCGGGAAGAGCUUCAACCGACAGAAUAAUCUCAAAACUCACCAGCGCAUUCACACCGGAGAGAGGCCGUAUCGGUGCUCGCAGUGCGGGAAGAGCUUUUAUCAGAAGAGCGACCUUAAAAAACACCAGCGCAUUCACACCGGAGAGAAACCGUACCGGUGCUCGCAGUGCGGGAAGAGCUUCAAUCGACAGAGUCUUCUCAAUGUACACCAGCGCAUUCACACCGGAGAGAAACCCUAUUUCUGCGCGCGGUGCGGAAAGAAUUUUAAUCAGCAGAGCACGCUCACGAAGCACCAGCGCAUUCACACCGGAGAGAAGUCGUAUUUCUGCGCGCAGUGCGGAAAGAAGUUUAAUCAGCAGAGCACUUUCACGAAGCACCAGCACAUUCACACCGGAGAGAAACAUAACAUCUGCUCAGAUUGUGGGAAGAUCUUCAGUUUCCGGAGUGCUCUGAAGGUACACCAGCGCAUUCACACCGGAGAGAGACCGUAUCAGUGCCCCCAGUGUGGGAAAACCUUUAGUAAACAGAGUAAUUUUAAAGCUCACCAGCGCAUUCACACAGGAGAGAGACCGUAUCAGUGCUCACAGUGUGGUAAAAGUUUUAUAUUGCAGAGUCUUUUAAAAAUACACCAGCGCAUUCACACUGGAGAGAAACCGUAUCAGUGCUCACAGUGUGAAAAGAGUUUUAAUCAACAGACUUAUCUCAAAAAACACCAGCGCAUUCACACUGGAGAGAAACCAUAUCAGUGCUCACAGUGUGGGAAAUGUUUUUUAUUACAAAGUUUUCUCACAAUACACCAGCGCAUUCACACUGGAGAGAAACCGCAUCACUGCUCACAGUGUGGAAAGAGUUUUAAUCAACAGAGUCAUCUCAAAAUCCACCAGCGCAUUCACACUGGUGAGAAACCCUAUUAUUGCUCACAGUGUGGAAAGAGCUUCAAUACACAUAGUAAUCUUAGAAUACACCAGCGCAUUCACACUGGAGAGAAACCGUAUCAGUGCUCACAGUGUGAGAAGAGUUUUAAUCAACAGGGCACUCUCAAAAACCACCAGCGCAUUCACACUGGAGACGGAUUGUAUCAGUGCUCACAGUGCGGGAAGAGCUUUAAUGAACAGAGUGAUCUCACGAAACACCAGCGCGUUCACACCGGAGAGAAACUCCGUCAGUGCUCAAAGUGUGGAAAGAGUUUUAAUAAGCAGAGUAGUCUCAAAAGACACCAGCGCAUUCACACCGGAGAGAAACCGUACCAGUGCUCACAGUGUGAAAAGAGCUUUACUAAUCAGAGCGAUUUUAAAAGACACCAGCGCAUUCACACUGGUGAGAAACCACAUUGUUGCUCGCGGUGUGGAACCUGUUUUGCCUAUUUAGCAACUUUUAAGAGGCACAGAUCUUUAAUAAUGCAGUCAGCAGAAGAGGGACACGUCGCCCCUGUGGAUCUACAACAUGAAGGACUUCAGGUGAAAAUAAUAAAAAAUGAAGAACCUGAGGAUGACGGUUACUACUGCGAAGGAUCCUUAAUCCCUGAGGAACAUGUGAUACCUGAGGAACACCUCUCUCCAGUAGAGCAACAGCUUGAAGGUUUCCAGAUGAAACCUGUAAAGAAGGAAGAACCUGAAGAUGAAGAUGAGCUCGAACUGAACGACGAUUCCUCCUGCUCCUCUACAACCCACAAUCACCUCCACAAUCACAUCAAGAGCUGCAAUCAGGAUCAAUAUGAUGCGCUGGUGAACUUCACGGACACUGAACAUGAGGAUCUGACGCCCACCAGAGGCUGCAAGAAAGAAAGCAGCGUCUGCUCGGACUGUGGAAAGAGCUUCAGCUCCCAGAGUCACCUCAAAAUACACCAGCGCAUUCACACCGGAGAGAAACCCUAUCAGUGCUCACAGUGCGGGAGGAGUUUCAAUCAGCAGUGUAAUCUUAAAGCUCACCAGCGCAUUCACACCGGAGAGAAACCGCAUCAGUGCUUAGACUGUGCAAAGAGUUUCUAUCGACGGAGUCAUCUCAAAAUCCACCAGCGCAUUCACAAUGGACAGAAUCUGACCCCCACUACGAGCUCCAGUAAUCAGCAAACGUCCUCUGAUACCAUCAGCGCUGACGCCUCUCACGGACAGAAAAAGAAAGAAAAUGUUAUCUGCUCAGACUGUGGGAAGAGCUUCACGUCCCAGAGCAGUCUCAAAGUACACCAGCGCAUUCACACCGGAGAGAAACCCUAUCACUGCUUACAGUGCGGGAAGAGCUUCAUCUCACAAAGUCUUCUUAAAAUACACCAGCGCAUUCACACCGGAGAGAGCCCGUAUCACUGUUCUCAGUGCGGGAAGAGUUUCAUGUUGCGCAGUCUUCUAAAAAUACACCAGCGCAUUCACACCGGAGAGAAACCGUAUCAGUGCCCGCAGUGCGGGAAGAGUUUUAAUCGGCAGAGCGUUUUCCGACGACACCAGCGCAUUCACACCGGAGUGAAACCCUAUCAGUGUUCCGAGUGCGGGAAAGCCUUUUAUCGGCAGAGUGACCUCAAAAUCCACCAGCGCAUUCACACGAGAGAGAAACCGUAUUUCUGCUCACAGUGCGGAAAGAGCUUCAACGCACACAGCACUCUCAAAAUCCACCAGCGCAUUCACACCAGAGAGAAACCGUAUUUCUGCUCGCAGUGCGGAAAGAGCUUUAACACACACAGUACGCUCAAAAUACACCAGCGCAUUCACACCGGAGAGAAACCGUAUCAGUGCUCGCAGUGCGGGAGGAGUUUUAAUCAGCAAAGUAGUCUCAAAAUACACCAGCGCAUUCAUGCCGAGGAAAAAUUGUUCCAGUGCUCAGAGUGUGGCAAAGGUUUUAUAUUACAGAGCGAGCUGAAAAUACACCAGCGCAUUCACACCGGAGAGAAACCCUUUCAGUGCGCACAGUGCGGGAAGAGCUUCAAUCGGCAGAGCGUUCUCAAAAUACACCAGCGCAUUCACACCGGAGAGAAGCCGUAUCAGUGCUCGCACUGCGGGAAGAGUUUCAACAGGCACAGUCAUCUCAAGACACACCAGCGCAUUCACACCGGAGAGAAACCCUACCAGUGCUCAGAGUGCGGGAAGAGCUUUCAUCAGCUGGGCCACUUCAAAAGGCACCAGCGCAGUCACACCGGGGAGAAACCGUACCAGUGCUCACAGUGCGGAAAGUGUUUUACCAAUCAGAGUCAUCUCAAGAUACACCAGCGCAUUCACACCGGAGAGAAGCCGUACCAGUGCUCACAGUGCGAGAAGAGUUUUAAUCAGCAGGGAGAUCUGAAAAGACACCAGGUCAUUCACACUGGGGAGAGACCGUAUUCUUGCUCACAGUGUGGAAACACCUUCGCCUAUUUUUCAACACUUAAGAGACACAAGUGUGAACCACAGAACCGGCUCGGCAGUAGGGUGGUACAGUGACCCAUCUCUCCAAAAGGUAAGUUUGUGGACUGUUAGUAUAUGAGUGAGAUCUUCAGAUGGAUUGUCGUGUUAUCCAGUAUGUUUCUCAGCACUCACAUUGACACAGAGAACUAAACAGGACCAGAGAUGGAACAUCUUCCCUUAUUGGUGUAGCACUAUCAGGUCAGUGUUUGUUAUUCCAGGUAACACAAGACUCUUGGUAGGUUAUUAACUGUGGUAGACAUGUAACCCAGAUUUCUUGGUAGAAGCUUCUUGUAAAGAUGUGCUAUUGUUUUUCUAGUAGUUGAAGUAUCCUAACCGUUAGGUCUCCGCUACCUGAAAUGGUUUGGGUCUGAAGUCCGGACAUGUACAGCAGGAUUUUCGAAGAUGAUGCAGAGGAACCGACAAAGGUGGAGCUCAUAGCAUCCUGCUAAAACAGCAAGUCUUCAUGCCGUAUUUUAUCGGCGUUUACUGAAAAACAGAACAGAACAUUGUGAAUGUGCUGGUAAUGUACAACCCCAGACCAGAAAAAGUUGGGGCAGUAUGGAAAAUGCAAAUAAAAUAAAAACACAGAGUUUCUUA